CAGCUGGGUAACACUGAGACUAUAUGAAUACAAGUUAUAUGAAUUGUUAAGGGGAAUAAACAAUAAUUUCAAAUAAUUGUGCACAAUCAAGGAAUUCUGCUUCUGAGUCUGGUUCCGAUGUUGCUAUGGUGACGGUUGCUUGGAACAGAAACACGUCUCACCUGCAGCUUUGCGAGCGCGUGCAGAAGAAGGGAACUAUUUUCUGUAUUUAUUUAUUUUUAAUGAAAACACAACAACGCGCCAUCGUUUCUGUGAUUUUAUCAACCUCUCGUGAUUUAUUAAUGUUGAUUAAUGUCGUGCACUGAUGACAGUGCUAAAGGAGCAGACUGUUUCGGGAUGAGUUCCACUAAGGCGCAGGUGAAAACAUCUCAGAGAUCCACAGGCUCCAGGACUCAGAAGCAAAGUGCUAAAGUCCCGGUUAUUAAACAUGUUUGUACAGAAAAGAGUCCGGAUUUGACUGAGAUGACGAGGCAUAAUGACCUUCCCCGUGUCAUAAACCUGCUUCAGGAUCCUUUAUCACGUUCCAUGAAAGAACGGCACAUCUCCACCUUGAAGCGCGUGGUACGGAGAUGCCAGAAUGGCUAUUUUCUCCGAGACCUUUCGGACAUCUUUCGGAUUCUAAACAUCUGUGCAGAGAAAUCAGAAGAACACCCCGAGUAUGCGUCUGUGCUGUGUGACCUUUUGCACUUAUGCAGGCAUCCCUUCUUAAAGGAGAAGGCGUCUGAUGAGAUGAAAUACGCCGAUGUUGCGACGGACUCAAUCUCUCAGAUGGGUUAUCUGAUGCGAGUGUCAAACACAGAAGUCCAAGGACAAAUCUGUGCUUCCAUCAUAUCACUCUACAGCCCUGGCAAAGUAAAGCACUAUGGAAAUGGUGUGUGUCCUACGAGCCUGGCUUACAGAUGUGAGCUGGUAGAGCGCAGCGGGCUGGCAGAGACUCUACUCCUGUCGCUAGCUGUCCUGGAGGAGCAGCUGUCAGUCAGACUGCAGGUCCUACAGGCGCUCCAGAUCCUCUCCAGGUCAUCUGCAGUGAACUGUAGUUUGAUCCUGAAAGCUGAGGGAGCUCAGAAGAUCUGCUUCCAUAUGAACGAGCCAGAUCCAACCGGACAGAUGCUCUUCCGAUCCACGGAGAUCCUGUGGAACCUUUUGGAUAACGGCUCCAGAGAGGAAGUCACCAAGCAGCUCAGCAACAUGGACUGUGUCACGGUCCUGAAAGAGGCUUUCUUGCAUCAUCUUCUCAACGGCUCCCGACAUUACGACCGGCAGCUUCGCAACGACCUUCUAGUAAUUACGACCUUGAUUGCAGACAACCCCAGCGCUGUACUAAUCGAGAGUGGGUUUGCUAAGCAGCUCAUCCUUUUCGCUACUCUUCCCGAGUUGAGGAGCCAUAACCCACUACUCCGAAACUUCAAGCUGACCUUCAGUAAUGAGGACUUUGAGAUGAAGAAGCUGCUGCUGAACCUGAUUGUCGUUCUGUCCAGCGAUCUGGCAGCUGUACAGUUGUUUAAAGAGAGCCGUGUGAUACUGGCUUUGAUGCUGCUUGUUCGGCCUGGAUACUCUGAGAACAUGCGCAGCGGGAAAGCCCAGCGCAGUUGGACAUCCAUUCAGCAGGAGGAGCUGCAGCUGCAGGCGUUGGCCACUCUGGCCACAGUGGCGCCACUCAUGUUGGACGAGUACAUGGCCUGUCAAGGCAACACCUGCCUGCUCAUGCUUCUGGACUGGUGCACACAGCAAGGAACCGACUCCUUUGGCCAAGGUCAGGGUUUCCAUAGCAGUGGAGGUCGAGGUGGGAGGAAGGCUCACAUGCGGUACUGCAUGCGGCUGCUCCGCUGCAUGGCCUCACUUAGCAACAGCCUCAUCAAUCAGGACCUGUGUGACCAGGGAGCCAUCAGCCAGUUGCUUGGGUUGCUGAGGCGAUUGCAGGAGAGGAACAAGGAAGAGGACAUCGUGUCUGUGGAGAUCCAGACUGAUGUGUUGGUCACUCUGUCCAGCCUCUGUGAAGGAGACGCGCACAGGAAGGACUUGUUUGGAGCGGAGGGUGUAGAGGUGACGGUUCGUUAUCUGAAAAUGGACCCGUCUCAGUUGUACAGUGGCCUGGGACACAACAGACUCAUUCUCGCCGCUGUGGACUGUGUGUGGUCUUGUAUUGUCGGUUGUUACACCACAGAGGAUUUGUUUUUGGAAAAGGAAGGAGCGUUUCUGUUACUUGACUUCAUCCAGUCGAGCCCCAGGAGCAUGCAGGGUGUGAUGCUGGCGACGCUGCUGGAACUGUGUGACAACCCCAAAACUCUGGCACACGUUGAGACCUGGAGGGGUGAGAAAGAGCUCACGGCUCCAGCCCUGCUGCUGCAGCUCUGGAGGAAGGAAGAGGUGGAGAUCGGAGUCAAGAGAGACCAGCAUGGCCAGAUCGCUGAUGAGAAGAAGCCUCUUCUCACGACGUAUCAGGAACAGGAGCCGCUGGAGUCCAUACCAACAAACAGGCCAAGUGCUGCCAUAAUAGAUGUCUCUGAUAAUCUGCGUGCCAAUAUCUAUGCUUUCUUCUGCAGACUAGGCUUUGAAGAUCUGCCAGGUCUAACUGCUGAAGACUCCAUCACCUUGAGCAUAGUGAGGAGUUACCUGGACUUUAAGAUAGCCGAGGUGUGGGAUGAAAUCACAGCGGAGCUGGAGCUGGAAGGAGUGAGACCCGUCACUCCAGACACCGAGGUUCUCAGUACCAUCGCUCAGUUGAGUGAAGACAAAGCCAAGCAUGUCUCCUCACUGCAGCAGAGCAUUGUGGACCGGAAAGAGCAGGAGGAGCUCCAACAGGAGAAACAUGCGUACGAAGAGAUCAAAUUAAACCACAAGCAGCAAGAACUAACAGCCAAGUCCUGGGAGCAUUACGUAGCUAAGACUUCCAACUACGAGAUCUUGAAGGACUCAAAGCUGCUGCAGGAAAGAUCUAUUGAGUCGUCACGGCCAAGAGAGGAACCAGAGGGUUUUAUAUUCCACUCCACUCAGAUCCCUGGCCUGCAGACUACUAAUUUCUGUGGCCGUGUGCUGACGAUCGACAGCACCCCCCCGGAGCUGACUGGGGGACCACUGGCAAACACAGACCUCGCCCUAGAGAGGGUCCCUAUUCAGGGCGGAGCGCUGAGGAAAGUGUCCACUUCAAACCCAGACCUGGAGCUUCCAAACACUGUCACUGUCAAAUGACUGGAAAUCAAACACAAGCACAAGACUGCAGUUUAGCACUUGCUGUACUCUCACACAUGCUAUAUCACAGCUCUGUGGCCUACAGCAGCUGCAGUUUGACUUUGAUGGACUCUGUACUUGCAUUCACUCAGAUGUUUAAAAUGUUUAUUCAUCAGUUGUUCCACACAUCACAUCACAUUAUCUCUAGCCGCUUUAUCCUUCUACAGGGUCGCAGGCAAGCUGGAGCCUAUCCCAGCUGACUACGGGCGAAAGGCGGGGUACACC